GAGUAAUUUCAUGUCCAAGAAUUCUUAUUUAAAUUAGGAACCGGGCUCAGUAUCAAUCAUGUUCUUGAAGAAUGCUGGCAUGGAGCCUGAGGGCACACUCCUCGUCAACGAGGCUCAGUACGCAGGUGUCAAGUCUGAGGAUUUCGUCUUCAUCAACGAGGCUCAGUACGCAGGUGUCAAGUCUGAGGAUUUCGUCUUCAUCAACGAGGCUCAGUACGCAGGUGUCAAGUCUGAGGAUUUCGUCUUCAUCAACGAGGCUCAGUACGCAGGUGUCAAGUCUGAGGAUCUUGUCUCCAUCAACGAGGCUCAGUAUACUCGCUGAGGUAUAUGUAUAAAACUGAUGAAUCUUGGAAAAAGAAAUGUGAUUUAAAUGUAGUAGGAUG